UACUUUUCUCAUCGCUCCAUCUUUUUAGCAGUUUUUGUUUUUAAUUUUUAAAAAUUUUUCUCUCCCAUCUAUCCUCUCUCUCGAGUGAGAUCUCAAGAAAAAUAAUUAUAUCUGUCACCGUCCUAAAACCUCAAAAAUGGAACAGAUCUGAGUUCAAAUCUCGAAAAAUAAGAAUUUCCCUAUUUAAAUUGGUCAGAUCUUAAUUUAUCGAGGUUAAGUAUUCACUCUAGUCUAAUUGCUUGCGAGAUCUAGUUAAGAAAAAUUCGUGGAUUUUUUUUUUUUUGGUUGUUAAGAGCUAGAGAUUUGGAUUGAUUGUUAUUUUCUGUGAAAAAGAAAAAGAAAUUGGUAUGUAAAUAUAUGCUGCUUGUUGGAUCUAAUUGGAUAGGGCUGAGUAAAUUAAAGAAAAGAAAAAGGGAAACCCUAGAUCAGAUGGGAAAAGAUGAAAACAAAGUGGAGGAUGUUGAAGAAGGUGAGAUUUCGGAUUCAGCCUCAAUAGAGGAAAUCAGUGAGGAAGAUUUUAACAAGCAAGAGGUUAAGAUUUGGAAGGAAUCGAAAUCGUCGAAAGGAGGGGAAGCAAAUUCGAAUUCAAGAGUUUGGACGAUGGAGGAUCUGUGCAAGUACCCAUCGGUUAUUCGAGGGUACGCUUCGGGUUUGUAUAAUUUUGCUUGGGCACAAGCAGUUCAGAAUAAACCUCUCAAUGAUGUUUUUGUAAAGGAGUUUGAACAAUCCCAACCUCAACAAGACGAGAACAACAACUCCAAGCGAUCGUCACAGUCGUCUUCGUCUUCGUCUUCGUCUUCGUCUUCGUCUUCGGUGGCUUCUGGAAAUAGCAAAGAGAAGGGUAGUAGUGGAAAUUCAGCUGAUAGAGUUGUGAUUGAUGAUGAUAGUGGGGAUGAAAUGGAAGAGGACAAGGUUGUGCAUCUAGACAAGGAAGAAGGGGAGCUCGAAGAGGGGGAGAUUGAUUUGGAUACGGAGCCUGUAAAAGAAAUGGUUUUGAGUGGUGAGGAUGGUAGUGCUGCUAACCCGAAUGAGUUGGAGAAGCGAGUUAACCUGAUUCGGGAAGUACUGGAAGGGAUUACGGUGAUUGAAGCAGAGAAAUCAUUCGAGGAAGUUUGUUCUAGACUGCAGAAUGCUAUGGAGAGCUUACAAGGAUUGGCAUUUGAAUGUACUGUUCCCACAAAGGAAUCCCUUUCCCAGCUGGCGUUUGGAGCAGUUAAUUCUGUAAGAAAUCCAGGAGUUUUAAUUGCAUUCGUUGCUCUGAACUCUAAUUUAAAGGAACAGAAUGCAUCCAUUUUAUCAAGGUUACUUUCUGUUAUAAAUGGUCAUGAUCCUCCUCUGUUCCCUUCUGACAAGAUGAAAGAGAUAGAGGUCAUGCUGCUCUCUCUGAAUUCCCCUGCCAGAGCAAUUGACACAGAGAAAGAGAUAAAGAUUGUUAAUGAGAAGGAUCCUGAUGCUUUAGGUGAAAAUAUUGGUCAGGAUUUGACUGUCACAAAGAAGUUGGCUUUUUCUGUCAAUUCUGUGAUUCAUAAUAAGCCAAAUAUGUUAACAGAAACUUUAAAGCCUGGUGUACCUAAUUUUAGGAACAGAGGGGUUUCUCUCCCUCUGCUAGACCUUCACAAGGAUCAUGAUGCAGACAGCCUUCCUUCGCCUACACGGGAAACAACACCAUGUUUACCUGUAUACAAGCCAUUGACUAUUGGAGAUAGCAUGGUUAAAUCUGGAUUUAUAAUGGCUAAGUGUUCUCAUGAUGCAGGAGGUAAUAAAUUGCACCCUUAUGAAACGGAUGCCCUCAAAGCCUUUUCUAACUAUCAACAAAAAUUUGGUCGAGGAUCUUUCUUUUCAAGUGAUAGACUUCCAAGCCCAACCCCUUCUGAAGAAUCUGGUGGUGAGGGUGGUGACAAUGGUGGGGGAGUUUCUAGUUCGUCUGGCAUUGAUAACUUUAAAUCAAAUCUUCCUGUUUUGGGCGAUCAAAUUGUUUCCUCACCAGCUCAAAUUGAUAGUGCCAGUUCCAGCAUGCAAGGACAAUUUACAACUCAAAAUGUUACACCUGUGACUGUGAGUUCUGCAUCUAAUAUGGUGUCGAAAGCCUCGGUAAAAAGCAGAGACCCAAGACUUCGGUUUGCCAACUCUGAUGUGAGUGCUUUGGAUCUAAACCAACAACCCUUGCAUAAUGCAUCUAAAGUGGCACCCGUUGGAGGAGUAACGGAUUCAAGAAAGCAAAAGAGUGUGGAAGAACCUGUUUUGGAUUGUCCUGCACUCAAAAGACAAAGAAAUGAGUUAGAAAAUUUUGGGGUUGUUAGGGAUGUCCAAACCGUGUCUGGAAAUGGUGGCUGGUUAGAGGACACUGAUGUUAGUGGGUCUCAGAUAGCAAACAGAAGCCAAUCUGAAGAGAAUUUGGAUUCCAAUUCCAGGAAAAUGGAUAAUAAUGGAGUAACUUGUUCAGGGACUGUAAGUGGUAGAACCAAUAUGACUGUUAACAGAAAUGAGCAGGUGUCACUGACAAGUUUGAGUACCCCUAUCUUGCCUGCUUUGUUGAAAGAUAUCGCAGUGAAUCCUACCAUGCUGAUAAAUAUACUUAAGAUGGGACAACAGCAAAGAUUAGCAUCUGAAGCCCAGCAGAAAUCUCCUGAUCCUUUAAAGAGUACAUUGCAUCAGCCAAACUCAAAUCCAAUUGUGGGAGUAGUUCCCCCUCCAAACAUUGUUUCGUCUUCCUCUGCAAACAUUGUUCCCUCUCCCUCUGUGAACAUUGUUUCCACAAGCUCGUCUGGUACUUUGUCAAGACCUGCAGGAAAUCUUCAGGUUCCCCCUCCGGAUGAGUCUGGUAAAAUUCGCAUGAAGCCUCGUGACCCUCGCCGUGUUCUUCAUGGGAAUGCGCUUCAAAGGAGUGGUACCGUGGGACCUGAUCAAUUAAAAACAAAUGGAACCACCCGUACAUCUAUCACCCAGAGAAGCAAGGACAAUCUCAAAGCCCAAAAGCUGGAGAGUCUGACAGAAUCUAAGCCAAUGCAAUCUCAGCUUGUUCAACCACCAGAUAUCACUCAGCAAUUUACCAAAAAUCUCAAAAAUAUUGCUGAUAUUAUUUCUGUUUCACAACCAUUGACUAGUCUGCCAGCAGUGACCCAGAAUUUAGUCUCCCAACCAGUACAAAUUAAGUCCGACUGCAUGGAUAUGAAGACAGUAGUUUCUUAUUCUGAAAAUCAACGGACUCGGGCAGGUUCAGCAGCUGAAGUAGGUGCAACAUGUCCUCCUUGUUCACAGAAUACAUGGGGAGAUGUUGAACAUCUUUUUGAAAGAUAUGAUGACCAGCAAAAGGCAGCUAUCCAGAGAGAAAGGGCAAGGAGGAUAGAAGAGCAAAAUAAAAUGUUUGCUGCACGCAAACUCUGUCUUGUCUUGGAUCUAGAUCAUACACUUCUUAAUUCAGCCAAAUUUAAUGAAGUAGACCCGGUGCAUGAGGAGAUCUUGAGAAAGAAAGAGGAACAAGAUCGUGAAAAACCACAGAGACAUCUCUUCCGCUUUCAUCAUAUGGGAAUGUGGACCAAAUUGCGACCUGGAAUCUGGAAUUUCUUAGAGAAGGCUAGUAAGUUGUUUGAGCUGCAUCUUUACACGAUGGGGAACAAGCUCUAUGCCACAGAGAUGGCAAAAGUGCUUGAUCCAAAAGGGGUUUUGUUUGCUGGACGAGUUAUUUCUAGGGGUGAUGAUGGAGAUCCCUUUGAUGGUGAUGAGAGGGUUCCCCGGGGUAAGGAUCUUGAAGGGGUUCUGGGUAUGGAAUCGGCUGUGGUUAUCAUUGAUGACUCUGUGAGAGUCUGGCCGCAUAAUAAACUUAACUUGAUAGUUGUAGAGAGGUAUACUUAUUUUCCUUGUAGUAGGCGCCAAUUUGGGCUUUUAGGUCCGUCUCUUCUUGAGAUUGACCAUGAUGAGAGACCAGAAGAUGGGACUUUGGCAUCUUCAUUGGCGGUUGUUGACAGAAUACAUCAAAAUUUCUUUUCACAUCAGAAUUUAGAUGAUGUGGAUGUUAGAAAUAUCCUAGCCACGGAGCAACGGAAGAUUUUGUCUGGUUGUCGUAUUGUAUUUAGUAGGGUAUUUCCUGUAGGAGAAGCCAAUCCUCACCUGCAUCCAUUGUGGCAGACAGCUGAGCAAUUUGGAGCUGUGUGCACAAAUCAGAUAGAUGAGCAUGUCACACAUGUGGUGGCCAACUCUCUUGGAACUGAUAAGGUGAAUUGGGCUCUAUCUACUGGAAAAUUUGUUGUUCACCCCGGCUGGGUGGAAGCAUCAGCAUUGCUUUAUCGGAGGGCAAAUGAGCUUGACUUUGCUAUUAAACCCUAAAUAAUCACCUCUCUAAUCAUUCAUGGUAAAACUAAGACCUGAUAAAAUCAAAGAUUACACUUGAAAGUGGGAGAUGGAACCAUCAGGUAAUUUUUGGAGUAGGUUGAUGUUGGGGGUGUAGUGCGCUGCUUGAUUUUCACUCAACGCAUUAUGUCCUGUCAUUUUGUUUGGCAAUUGCAACUUUCUCUUCAAUUGCCAACCUGCCGAAAGGAGUUCCUUUGACCCGGUUUGAUGAGUUCAUAGAAAGAUGGUUUGUGCCCUCAGCUCCAAACUUUCCUUCGUGGGUUUUUUAGGAUUUGAAAAGAUAAGUGAAGGAGGUGGUUGACCAUAGUUAAUCGGGCCGGUUUCACUAAGCUCAGCUCUUGCAGCAAUAAUAAAAAUGCCAAUGCUGAUUGUGUAAAAUGAAAUGCAAUUAAAAAAACAAGUGCCAAGGCAGCCUCAUCCAAGUUAAUUGAAUUUAUAGGUACUCAUCAAUGCUAAAAUAAAUUAAAAGCAAAUAUGACUUGAAAGGAAUGUUCGGUUGGUUACUAUUUACUAAUGCUAGUGUGCCCGGGCGAGGUUGAUGGCAGCAAAGAGGUAAGUUCAGAUUGAUGGCUCAUUGUCAUUGAGCAUCGAUUUUUACGGCUACGUCAAGUUUUUGGGUGGGAUGGGAAUUAGGGGGCCGCUUGGUCUUGAGAAUUCCAGGGGGUAGUGUGUGCAAUUGUUCUGUGAAUUUUGUUGUGUGCUGGUUGUUAAUUUUCGUAGUCCAUAAUUGGUCGGUGUCUGAACCAA